AUGUCAUCAUCUCCAUCCCCACUCAGAACCAGCUUUAAAGAAAACCGGCAGAGAGAGGAGCCAUCCACACCUUCCUCUCAGCAAGCCGUUCCUGGUUUGAUGGUUGCAGAUUCAUCUCCGCAGAGCAGAAGUAGUGCGUCACCGCCGGUCCCUCCUAAGAACCCCGACAUUUCGCUCAGAAAGCCUAUUGAUCCUCGCAAUCGACUAUCCCGCAAGAUGUCCGCGCCAUCACUCGUUGCUCAGGCCGCAGACGCGCGUGAGUUCCUUUCUACCUUUUUCAAAACGUUUCCCAACCCGCGCGACCGAAUGGAUAUUGAUCCACAACUGGUACUUGCGCAUAAACCGGAUGAUUCAAAGAUCCGUACGGUCAAGCGUCAAAUUUGGGAACUCACCGGUGAUGGAAAGAGGCAGGAGUUGCCAAUUAACCAAGAGUACGUGCUGUACGAGGGGAGCAUGUACGUUUGUGUGCAUUUGUUUGAAGUAGAAGGCAACGGUCAUUCAGAGGUUUACCUCUGGUCUGGCGACGAUGUCCCUCAGCCUGCGCUUGAUGAUGCACAAAUAUUCGCUCGCAAGGUCGCCCGUGAGAACAGCUGCAAAUUGGAACUGAUUCGUCAGGGCAAGGAGCACGUACGGUUCAUUCAAUCUCUGGGUGGAAUCAUUAUUACCCGCCGGGGAUCUAGUUCUUCUACCUCCUCUGCUCUCUACAUGCUCUGCGGCCGUAAGCAUCUGGGUCAAAUGGCCUUUGACGAGGUCGAUUACUCCCUGCGCAAUCUAUGUUCCGGCUUUCCAUUCGUGAUCUCAGCACCAUUUGGCAAGAUUUACCUGUGGAAGGGCAAAGGAAGUGGCCCUGAGGAAACUGGCGCCGCUCGAUUGAUCAGCAUGGACCUCGGCUUGACCGGUGAAUUUGAAGAGGUGGAGGAGGCCAACGAACCCGAAAGCUUCUUCGACGACUUUGCAGGCUCUAACGAGGCCAAUGCACUGCUCACCUCGGAAUACUGGGCUCUGAAGCCGAAGUACGAUCACUUCCGGACACGUCUUUUUCGUGUCGAUCACGAACUGGGUCAACCACCCCGGUUCUGGAUGCGUCGUCCUGGUUCGGGCUCCCCGACUGUUCGCCCAAAUGAUACGGUGCAAGAGAUCGAACCCUUUUGCUACAAAGACUUGACGGAUAAAGAUAUCUAUGUACUGGAUACUUUCUUCGAGAUCUAUGUCAUCGUUGGUGAACACGCCUCGCAAAAGUCCGCCGACUUCGCCUCCGCGGUUGUCUUCGCUCACGAGUAUGGUAUCCUUGCCGCUUCCCUUGAAGACCGACCCUUUAUCCCCAAGAGCUUUGUCUCGCUGGGUGGUAUUCCCGAUCGAUGCCAAAGUGCGUUCCGCAAAUGGGACCAGCGAUCUUCUCAGGCUCCUUGUCUCUUCCCUCUCGAUGUGGCGAUUGAAGCGAUUCGUUCUGAGUAA